AUGUGUCCAUUCGAUUGGAGCUUUGAUAAUACCAUCAAAAUGUUUACUCUGCUUCUUCCUGUCAAUCUGCCUCCAGAUUUGCACAAUCAAGGAUUCAAAUUAUGGCUAGCUGAGUUUUUCAGUAUAUGGGAAAAUAUACAGAAGACAUCAGCGUGGAAAUCAUAUCUUGGUGUUCUAUUUUCAUCGGUUGCCUGGCAUAAUAUAGGUCAUAUUCAUUGGGAACCUUGGAUACCACAGAUUUUUACGCAUAUACUUCGAAGUUUUUCGCUUCCAAUUGGUAAAAUGCAAAUGUCUUUAGAAGAAUACAAUCCCAUUGUGUCAACUUCAACAAAAUGGAUCAUUGCGAUGAUAGGCCAUGGAAGUUCAUGUCUUCAAUACUUGCGAGAUCUAUUGAUUGCUGUAAAAAAUUUCUAUCAUCCAUCGAAUACGGGAGCAUUUCAAAAGGACUUAGUCGAGUUUAUCCUAGGACUUGCUCAAAAUUUUGUCGAUCGAGUUCAUUUGGAACGCACAAGUCGUCCUGUUUGGUUCUUUGCACCACUAGAAUCAUAUCGACUAACUGAACAAGAUAUUACUGAUUUUGUCAAUUGUGUGAAAGACUAUGCAUUCAUUUCUAUUUUCAAUAAGGAUUAUACUGAAGAAGCAGCUAAAACUUGCAAAUAUCUUUCCAUACUUCGACCAGAAUUGAUUAUACCAUCAAUUGUUGAAAAACAUUUUUCGUCUAUUGAUAGUAUGACUGAACCACAUCGUUUCACAUCAAUAAUGACUUGUUUAACGCAUAUUGCUCGUCAAAUAGUCCAACAAACAUCUGCUUAUUCUCAAGGACAAAUUUAUGUAUUACCAUUACUCAUGUCUGCGUUACCCGGCAUCGAUUUGAAUGAUUUGGAAAAAACAUCGGUUACAUUAGAAUUUCUUGAUACUAUUCUUAUGCUUAUUACAUGUAUUGAUUGUUCAUCAGCAGUGAACAUUCGAAAUGAUCUAACAGAAAUUGAAAAAGAAGUAUGUUUAUCAACAUCAAACUUUGACGAUUUCAUUGUCGAAUUUCUCAAACGAAUAUUUCAAAUGAUUGACGUAUUAUCAACAGAUAUGUCCGAUGCUGUCACAAAGCUUGUUCAUGCUCCUGGUGAUGCUCUCAUGAUCUAUAAAUCAAUGAUAAUGUCUGUUUUUCGUCAAUGUAUUCAUUUCAUUUACAAGAAUUCAUACGAAACUAUUGCUCAUGCCGUUGAACAUUUACUCAAGUCACUUACUCAUGUAUAUCCAAUCGAUUAUCGACUAACGGUUGAAAAUAUUGAUGAACUAUUUGUUGACUUUUUGCCAAUUCGAGCUUGGGGACAAUAUGUUGAUUUCAAUAAACUUCAAAUUCAAUUUCAUAUUCCGAAUGAAGAUGAAAUUGAUUUUGCUUGUGAAUUUGUCAAUACAUUCAUGUAUCCUGAAUUAACCUCGUUGAGUGAAAACGGUUUAAAAAUAUCUAAUGAUGAACGAUUAAGAUCGCUCACUAUUAUUCAAUCUAUAGCCAUUGGAUGCUUUCGAAUGAUACCACGUAUCGAAAGCGAACAAAUACAAAAUCUGAAAACAAGUAUGAUCACACGCGAUGAUCUGAUAAUCGAUUGGCGUUUAUUGUAUAGAUGGGCUCAACUUAUUCAUGAUCUUCACAAUAAAACCAGUGCAUUAGUUGCUUUACCUAAUUGUCGAAUGGAUGCUAUUGGUAUCAUCUAUAGAGAAUUUCGUAGUGAACGUAAAGUUCGUCCAUUCUGGUUCUUCAUACCACACGAAACUUAUCGAUUAACUGAACAGGAUACUAUCGAUUUUGUCAACUGCAUCAAAGAAUAUGCUUUUAUUUCAAUUUUUAACAAGGAUCAUAACAAAGAAGCAGCUGAAGCGUGUCAAUAUCUUUCUAUGCUUCUACCAGAAUUAAUUGUACCAUCACUUGUCGAGCAACUCUUCUCAUCCCUUGAUAAUAUGACUGAACCACAUCGUUUUACAUCAAUUAUUAGUUGUUUAACACGUGUUGCUCGUCAAAUCGUACGACAAACUCCUUCGUAUUCUGAAGGACAAAUCUAUGUUUUACCAUUACUUAUGUCUGUAUUACCCGGUAUUGAUUUGAAUGAUUUUCAAAAGAUUACAGUUACAUUAGAAUUUCUCGACACAAUUCUCAAACUUAUUACAUGUGUUGAUUGUUCGUCGGCUGUACACAUUCGAACUGAUCUGACAGAUAUUGAAAAAGAAGUAUGUUUAUCAACAGUACAAUUCGAAGAUUUCAUUACUGAAUUGUUACAUCGAAUAUUUCAAAUGAUUGAAAUCUUAUCAACAGAAUUAUCCGAUGUCAAGGGUAAUCCAAUUGAAACACUUAAAUAUUUCUUACCUAAAACAUGUGAAUCGAUUGAAAAUAUAAUGGAUCAUGCAGAUUCAAGUGGAUUACUCAUUGAUCACAAAGGUGAUAUUGAACUUAAUUGGUAUUUGAUUCUCUUUGCGGAAUUUCUCCGUGCUCGUGGUGAUACUUUACUCAUAUACAAACAAAUGAUUAUGUCUAUCUUUCAUCGAUGCAUUUAUCUUAUUCACAAAGAUUCAUAUGAAGCCGUUGCUAGUGCAGCCAAACAUUUACUCAAAUCACUUUCACAUGUCUAUCCAAUGGAAUAUCAGUUAACAGUUGAAAAUUUCGAUGAACCAUUCGUCAAUUUUUUACCUAUUCGUGCUUGGGGACAAGCUGCCGAUUUUGAUAAUCUUCAAAUUCAAUUUCAUAUUCCCAAUGAGAAUGAAAUUGAUUUUGCUUGUGAAUUUGUUGAAACAUUUCUCUAUCUUGAAUUGAGAUUAUUGAAUGAGAAAUGUUUGAAAAUGUCUAAUAAUGAACGAUUGAGAUCACUGACAUUUAUUCAUCACAUAGCCAUUGGAUGUUUUCGCAUGGUACCACAUGUUGAUAGUGAAAAAUUACCAAAUCUGUAA